UAAUGUUGCUUUGCAAUAUAGAUACCCAUCACCCAAUUAGCUAGUGUUUGUGUGUGAUUAUUCUCCUGAAUGAGAAAAAAAGAUAAACAAACUUCUUGUAUCUCAUCUCAUGGGUCUCAUGUUUCUCAAGAAGCUCACUUUUCUCUUCCUAAUCCUCUCAUCUUCAUUCCUGUCAACUUCUUUUGCAGGCCGAAGAUUCGCAAAUAAGUUGGCUAAAGAAGUUGUCCAUUCUGAGGAAAUAUCAAGCAAUCCAUCAACUGAGGAGGAAGUGAACACUAUCCAUGAAAGGCUUCUCAGAACGAACACCAAAGACUAUGGGAACUAUAAUCCUGCACCAUCUCUUGUUAGGCCUCCUUUCAAGCUCAUCCCCAACUGAUCGAUGAUAUAUAUAUAUAUAUAUAUAUAUAUAUGCGUGUCUAGUAAUUAAAUCAUAUGUGAGUUUCAUAUAUAUACUCAGUUCUGAAUCCUAAUAUCGUGUAAUAUACAGUUUCUUUAGAUGAAUAUAUAUAUAAAUGAUGCAUAAGUUAUGUGGUAUAUAAGUAAAGUCUGGUUUAUUAGGUAAUUUCAUGCAUGGAUGUUUUAUGUAUACACUUGGUCUACUAAGAUUGUCCAUUGAUAUAUUAUAAUAAUAAAAACCAGACUUUUUUUUUUAAUCCCAAAUGAAAUGGGAAAUUAGGGUUAGGGUUUUGAACCACAUAAAGCCCCAA